AUGGACACAGACACAGAAACCACAGCACUCUGCCCCUCAGACAGCUGCCGAGGCUCCCCACCAGGGAUGCCCACGUCAGAAGUAGUUGCCACACUGCUGAAGAAGCCAGAGAAACUACUGGCAGGGUUGGACCGGAACACUCCAACCCCUGUCCCAGCAGCCCCCAGAAGAAGAGGCAGUAUGCCUGUCCCCUACAAGCACCAGCUGCGGCGGGCCCAGGCUGUAGAUGAACUCGACUGGCCACCUGAGGCCUCACCCUCUGACUCCUCUGACUCCCUGGGCUCAGGAGAAGCAGCUACAAACCAAAACGAUGGUGUCUUCAAGGUCAUGUUGGUGGGGGAGAGCGGCGUGGGCAAGAGCACCCUAGCAGGCACUUUUGGCGGUCUCCAAGGAGACAGUACUCAUGAGCCUGAGAACCCAGAGGACUCCUAUGAGAGACGAAUCAUGGUGGAUAAGGAGGAAGUGACUCUAGUUGUAUAUGACAUCUGGGAACAGGAAGAUGCAGGGGGGUGUCUGCGAGACCACUGCCUUCAGACCGGGGACGCCUUUCUCAUCGUCUUCUCAGUCACCGACCGGAGAAGCUUCUCCAAAGUUCCAGAAACCCUACUUCGUCUCCGGACUGAGAGGCCCCACCACGACCUGCCUGUCAUCCUCGUUGGCAACAAGAGCGACCUGGCCCGCUCCCGGGAAGUUUCACUGGAGGAGGGCCGCCACCUGGCCGGGACGCUGAGCUGCAAGCACAUUGAGACCUCUGCCGCGCUGCACCACAACACGCAAGAGCUCUUCGAGGGCGCCGUUCGCCAGAUCCGGCUGCGGCGGAGCCGGGGCCGCGCUAGGGCCCAGAGGCCCGAGCGAGGCAGCCCCGAGGGCCCCGCACCGCCAGCGCGCCGCGAGAGCCUCACCAAGAAGGCCAAGCGCUUCCUCGCCAACCUCGUGCCGCGCAACGCCAAGUUCUUCAAGCAGCGCUCCAGGUCGUGCCACGACCUCUCCGUGCUCUGA